UGAGGCUUUCGUCAUCGGGUUGUUUGUUUUCACCCUUACGCUGUAUUGUUUCGUUGCAGUGGGCACUGCUCCAGCCUAAGUCAGUUGACUAAAGAUGCUGGAGACUCCAGACAUCACAGUCCUGAUCAAGGCACCUAAUCAAAAGCAUGAAGACCACCCAGUCCAGUGCAGAGGAACUUGGACAGUGUACCAGCUGAAGGACCACCUGGCAGAAAACUACCCCACCAAACCAACUCUGAGGGAGCAGCGGCUGAUCUACUCCGGGCAGCUACUGACGGACGACAGCCGGCUGGGCGAUGUGCUCCGGCCGCACGACGACGACUCCAACGUACACACCGUGCACCUGGUGUGCGCGCCGCCGGCCGAGCCGCCGAGCGGCCUCCGGCGCCGCCGGCCGCCGCCCCAGCAGCAGCAGAUGCCGCCACAGCAGCAGCAGCAGCCUCAGCAUCAGCAGCAGCCGCCACAGGCGGCAGCACAGCCGGCGCCGGCCGCCGCCGCGCCUGUGGACGCCCCGCUGCCGCAGCCGUAUGACCUGAACCAGUGGGCGCACAUGCUGCAAAACAACCAGCACCAGCUGAUGGCCAUGCAACAGCUCUACAGCCAGUACUGGGCCCAGUACGCCCACAUGAUGCAAUACAACCCGGCCUCAAUGCCGAUGAUCUGGCCGCAACCGAUGCAGGUGCCGCCCGCGGGGUCGGCGUACCCGCCGCCGGCCGCUGCCGCCCCCCGCCCCCGCCCCAACGUGCGCCUGAACGCACAAGGUGGUGUGCUGGCCGACGACGAGGACGAGGCCCCUGGCCAAUGGGACUGGCUGGAUUGGCUGCACGGCUUCGCCCGCCUGGCCGUGCUCUUCCUCGCCGUCUACUUCUACGCCUCCAUGUCGCGCCUGGUGCUGGUCCUCGGCUUCGGAUUCCUCGCCUACCUGUACAACCAGGGCUGGUUCCAGCAGCCGCGCGCGCCCGUGGUGCCGCCGGUGGCGCGCGAACCGGACCAGCUCUUCCCUCCGCCCAGGGACGCCGAAGAGCACCACCAACAUGACGAUGACGACGAGCCAGACGAUGGACGCCUGAGGGUCAGCGCUGAGCUGCGCGAGAUGCUUGUAGAAAUCGUGGGCUGCGUUGAGGUCGUUGAGAUUCUCACGAGUUGCGGCAGAUCGUGUUGCAAACAGAUGGGCGUGGAGCCGCCGCUGGUGAGGCCGCCGCACCCGCUGACGCUCGCCUGGACCUUCUUCACGUCGUUCUUCGCCUCGCUGGUGCCCGAGCGGAUAGAUUAG